CACCGAGCCUCCGUAGCAUCUGCCCGACCAGUGCAUGUGCUUCAACGAACGCUAAGAAAGGACUACUUGCCUAUAUUUAUUAAAGCAGCCCGAUUUAUGUUUUAUUCAAGCUGUGCGUUUUUAGGCUGCAGUAUAGGGACAGUUACUCUCAAUUAGCCUGCAGCUCCAGCAUACAGGUGGGUGAAAAGCCGCUUCUAGGACUGCCCCCUCUUUCAGUUCCUCAAUAGGGGAGACGCGGGACUGUCAUUUAUUUGUCAUCCUUUGGGACAGAGAAAACGGCUCGGGCUCAGUUAACAGGUGCGAGAAUAGGGAAAUACGCUGGCGUUAACUCGCGUGCUGCACGCUUUUUGGGCAUUUGAAUAACAUUUGUAUUUACAGUCGUGGCACAUCAGGGUCCGUAUUCAUAUAUCUCGCUCACAAAUAGCAUUUUCGAAGCCUCGGAGGGAGUUUUUUGUAGAGACAACGCUAUGUCGACCAAAAAACGAACGGAUUUGACGAAAAGGAGCCGAAGCCCCGCGGUGUCCGAAGGAACGGAAAUGUUUGGGGAUUUUCAAGAGUGGUGCCUCCGCACUUACGGCGACUCCGGCAAGACAAAGACGGUCACCCGGCGAAAAUACAACAAAAUUCUCCAGACCCUUCUGCAGAACGACGACCCGGAGGGCGUCUAUGUCGAAAACAGCCACAUCAACGCCAAAUUCAAGUUCUGGGUGAAAUCCAAGGGUUUCCAGGUGGGAAGCACUGACGCCGAGCAGACCGAGAACGGGGCAGCUGACAGACCGGUCCUGUACGUGCCCAUCAAAGCAACGUGUGUGGAUGGAGGGUCGGGACAGGGGAGCUCAUCUCUGAAGAGAGUCGCAGUGGUGGAGGAUUUCUAUGACAUCAUCUAUGCCAUGCACGUGGAGAUCAGCGCAGACCCGGCCAAAGCACCCAAACAUGCCGGGCAGAAGAAAACAUAUAAAGCUAUAGCAGAGACGUACGCGUUCCUGCCUAGAGAGGCGGUGACCCGUUUCCUGAUGAGCUGUGGAGAAUGCCAGAAGAGGAUGCACAUCAGCCCCAGCGGUGCAGAGUUCAAAGAGAACAAUCAGCCAACCCAUCUGUCCGCCGAUCUCAUCGACUACAACAUGCCCCUCACGACAACCUACCUGAAACAGAAGAAACUGCAAUGCAUGAACAGCAACAAGCAGGAUGAGUGUUCAAUGAGUAGCGAGGAGUUUGAUAUGAGUGACCCUACAUGGAUAUCAGCUGAACGUCACGCCGCACUGUCAGAUCUGAACAACCCGUCCAGCGCUGAGAGGAUGCACAGCCCGCAAAACGCUCACAAGGACGAGGACGAUGAUUCAACUUCUGAAAGUGGAAAUGGAUUGCACACACUGACUCCUCCCUCUGUGGGCGUGGCCGGCACGAGUGACAGCGCAGGCACCAAACCUGGAUCAGGCUCUUAUGCUGAGGUAAACGGGAUUGCGAACAGCACUGCGGCACCACUCGACUUUAGCACGACUUCCUCAUCUUCAUCCUCAGAGGACCAGCAACCAGUGAACCUCAGCGAGACACUGCAACAGGCGCUGCCCACAGCGGCCGCCAUGCUGGCGACCUUUAACCCAGAGCACACAGAAGAGCUGCGCAGAAAAUACCCCAAAUCUUCAGAGCUGCGCCUUGACCGAGAAAUCAGGGACUAUAACAAUAAGUCUCCUCAAUACAGUUCAGGGAGUUAUGAUUCAAUAAAGAUGGAGAUAUGCGCUGAAGAUCUAACAGUUGGCCGGUCUCAGACGGCUGAUGAUGACGAUGAUGACCAUGAUGACCACGAUGAUAGUGAUAAGAUAAAUGAUGUGGAAGGAGUCGACCCCGAGAGGCUUAAGGCAUUUAAUAUGUUUGUACGUCUGUUUGUGGAUGAGAAUCUGGACCGGAUGGUGCCAAUCUCCAAACAGCCUAAAGAAAAGAUCCAAGCCAUUAUUGAAUCGUGCAGCCGCCAGUUCCCGGAGUUCCAGGAGCGUGCACGCAAACGCAUCCGCACCUACCUCAAAUCUUGCCGUCGUAUGAAGAAAAACGGCAUGGAGACUCGACCCACGCCCCCCCACCUGACCUCAGCCAUGGCUGAGAACAUUCUUGCAGCUGCCUGCGAGAGCGAAUCACGCAAAGCUGCCAAAAGACUGCGCUUGGACGUCUACCAGGCACACGAGGAAGCGCUCGAUAAGCCCGUCUCCCGCGAGCCCAUCUCUCUAGCCCACUCUGCGUACUCGCUGGCAGCCUCAGCCUACUCCCAGGACCAGCUAUACAUUAAUGGAGGCCUCAACUACAGUUACCGUGGUUACGGCGGACUGUGCGGCAGCAUUCAACACCCUGUAUCCCUGACAACAGCUACUGUCCAGACCAAUGGUCCUACUGAUCUCAGUAUGAAGUCUCUGGCCUCCAAUUCAUCCUCGUCAAGCUCCAGUAGUCUCGGGAGGAACGGCGGAGGGGGCGGGACUUCAGCUCAGCUCAGCCAUACAGAGGUGGCUGCGGUGCGACAACUGAUUGCGGGAUACCGUGAAUCUGCUGCGUUCCUCCUCCGAUCGGCAGACGAGCUGGAGAACCUCAUACUACAACAGAACUGAACUUCUCACUCUCUUUCCUCAACGCCCUCUCUCUCUCUUUUUAAACUCAUCUCUCUGGACUACAGGCUGCGUCCCGCACAUGGAGCUUUCAUAACCAUGAUCAUCAUUGUCAGAUGUUUCUGAUCACAUCUGGCUCGAGUGAGAGAGAGAACAACACAGCUCCAUCAAGCUUUCACUUAAUUUCAGCUUGUUGGAGCUUCUCAUCGGCGAGAGGAGAUGAACGGCAGAGGCACGGAUGAGUUACCGUGGCGAUGGGAGAGGAGCUCCGAAGGACACUGCAGUGCUGCUUUAGCGAGGAGAAGCUUGUGAUUGGACAGUGCCGUGUGUCUGUAUGCACUUCAUAUUGAUUCAUGGCUUCUCCCUCCAUUUAUCCUCCGCUCACUGAAGCUCCGCCUCCCUGCCCGUGUAAGAGCCAUUGAUUUCAGAUGCUCCUUUUCUUUAGAUGUUUCAAAGGAGGUUCUACGGCACACCAAUACUCCAGAUGGCACUAACAAAAUGAAGACGCUUUUCGAGGUGUAAUGGAAAGAAGGUUAAAAAAAGAGAAUGAAGAAAACUGAGAGACAUUUGUAUUUGCUGUAAAUAAGCACUCUCUGUGUCCUGAAGCACUUUUCCAUUUGUUCUGACCUCUGAACAUGUAACUUAUGCAUUUAGAUAUGCAGGUGGAAGAUCACCUGGAAAUACCUCAGCCUGUCUGUUCUGCUCUCUCUCUCCCCCAGUGUUCUCCCUCUCUGUGUGGGGGAGAAGAAAAUGAUCACCCGUCCUUCCUCAGCUGCACGGUCCACCGCAUCUCAGCACCCUGAGAUUUAGCCAUUGAGAGCAGAGUAGGGUGGAUUUGUUUCUGUGGUUCAAAAGCAGUUGGUUUAGGUUGUUUCUAUUCUCCAAACGCUGCAAAACAUUUUCUUAGGCAGCAGUUUUGUUUUACAGCUAAAAUAUCGAAAUAUCCUAAAAACAAGAUUUGAGAAGCAAAAUUGCUUAUAACAGACCCUUGCACAAUGUUCAGAUUUCUUUUUCUGUUCUUAAUGGCGGUUUUGGGGCGUUUUUUUGCCAGUGAAGUAAGUUAAGUCGAUUCAAGAUAGUAUUCUCUGCUUUUAUUUAAACAAUCCCUGUUUUAAGGAUGUAUGGAUAUUUUUACUGGAAAACAAAAUAGAGAUUUUGUUGCACUGCAAAUCGAUAUCUUAUUUAGUAUUCUUGUCUUGUUAUCCAGUACAAAUAUCUGAAGAUUAUUGAAUCAAGAUACAAUUACUGGAGAAGCAAAAUGACCUAAGAUAAGUCUUGUUUUCUAAACGUUUAUGCCUAAAACAAAGCAAAAUAUCUGCCAGUGUAGUAGAAAAAUCAACUUAAUUCAAGUUUUUUGAUUUAACAAACUUCAUUCAGCCUCAUUUUUUGACCCCAUUGACAGAUAUUAAUUUCACAUUUUAAGCAUAAGCAUAUUUCAUUUUGAUAUUUUCUUUCAGUAAACAAGAAGCAAAUGUACCUUGAUUUAAAAACUAAUAAUUGUAUUGGAAACGCAACACAAAGUAAGACGUGUUUUUGCAGCGUGCAUUAAGUUUUGUAUAUAUUCCGGUCCAUUUCAAGGUAUCGAUGUCUUGAACACACUAGACUUAAACUUAAAAUGGAAGGUUGGACUUUUUUGGACAAAAUGAAGUGUUCUGAUGAGGUUGACUGAUAUAAUCGACAGGGUCUUUUUGUGAAAUGGGCCGUACCCUUCCUGAAUGCAUUUGAACCUGUCACAUACAGUAUGCAGGUGCCAACUCGCUCCAUUCCCUCUCUACGGGUCACUCCUGGUUUCUAUACUGUGCCCUUCUGUUGCUCAUCUCCUCCUCCGCCUGACUGUAUUCAGGGGGAAACGGAGAUGGAAGGAGGUCGAAGGUGUUAGUCUUUUUAUCUGUUGACUCUUCUUUAUGGCCAUUAAUCCACUCUGCUGCUAUGGACUCGGUUAUAAUGCCACAGACCUAAAACCUCAAGCCUCCCGACACAACCAGAGCACCUCAAGACGAAAUGUACCAAGGCAAAAAAUGUACAAACGAUGAGCAAAAGACGGAGACGGGAAGCCAAAAAUAUUUGGAGGGAAGAUUAAAAACUGCCAUGUUUUGCAUUCUAGUUGAGAGCAUUUGUUUAAGACAGAAGGCUGCUUUUGUUUGCUUUGCCAGCUUUUUUUUACAUGUUUGUUUUAGGGUUCAAGUGCUUCAGCAAUGGGAAGAUCAGUGGUGAGCAACUUGUCAGAAGAGCUUGGCGCAGACACGCAUACACACACAUUCAGUCACGCUCUUUAGUGAAUUACAUAUAUUGCAGGACAGGUAAAAAAAUGCUUAUUUAGUGAGAACCGUUCAGGAACUGACUGAAAUGUCACUGUAAUUUGCAUCAUACGCACACAGAGGCAGUGCUAAUCUGAGAGUGUUUAUUGCACUGCUGGUGGGGGUGGAGAAAGAAUAUCGCAAUGCAGAUGAUAAUCAAAAGCAUUUCUGGCCCUUAAAGAGAAAUAUUAAUAUAUUAAAGCUGCCAUGACCCCCACCGAGGAGCUUCCUGAAUCAUCGGACAUGCAUUUAACCCUUCUUACGCACAUGACGGGUGUGAUUGAAAUCCAUGAUGGGGUGCUGUGUUUCUUGCAAACGCUUGUGCUUGUGGAUUAAGCGAGUGUGUGACCAGAGACAACACUGCCUUCUUAAACAUAUUUGUGUGCAAUUUUGACACCCCGUCCAAACCACAGACACACAUGCGGUAUUGAUUUCUUGUAGCGAAUUGAAAUGUAUUGUAUUAUAUUUGUAAGAGUCCUUGGUAGACCUAAGCGCCCUGCCCUCCUGAUUUUUCAUUAGAAUGUCGCCGUUGAUGUAAAGAAAUAUGCAAAAUUGUCAGCGCCAGGCCUCUCAUCACUGUGUUGAGCUUAUAGCGUGUCUACGGUCUGAUCUGUCUGUUUAAUGUCGCUCUGUCCACGUCUUAUUUGCUUUGUUUCAUAUAUUCAUCUCAGGAGAGAAUGUAUGACGUAGAUGAUGUAGAAAAAAUCCACUGUGGUUCUGCUUAUGAAUAUUGGGUUGUUGCGGAAACACAUCUAGGUCACAUUUCAGCUGAACACUUAAAAAAAUGACAUCAUAUUAUAGAUAAAAGCUUACGAAGUCUCAAAUUUAUUUUGCAUUUUCACAUCGAUAUUUUCUUAACAAGCACAUUUUUACCCACCCACACACGUUCUCAUUACUGUGAUGUCAUAGUGAAGAGAAUUUAGAAAUCUGAGAAUUUUGUUACGUUAUAAAAAAUCUUGAUACAUUUUUUUAUUGAACCAUGACCAUCAAUGGUAAAACAGAUACUGUCAUAUGAGUAUAAAUAGUGAUUUUAUGUUUGAUGUUAGUUGGAAUGGGAAAAAAUGCUUAAUUGCCAUAAAAAGAGACUUUAAAGGUUAUAAAAUACGCUUUUUUGUCUAUAAGAAAAAACUAAAUUGUUUUGGACCUGGACAUGCUGUUUUCCAUAUUUGAAGAGUUUCAUUUUUGAGUUUUCGCUCCAACGUUAUUGUACAAGUAGAGCCAUAUAGAUGUUGAGAGGUCAAGUUUUGGAAAGAUAUUCCAGCUGCUGGCUCCUCCUGUUUUUCUUUUCCUGCCUCAGUCAUCUCUCUCUCUCAUUGAGAUCUGAUAUGGGUAUGAAUCCCACUGCCUGUUAAACCGACUGUCAAACGCCGUCGAAUAUACGCCAACCUCACAUGCCACUGAGCUCUUUUGUGGAUUUAGAAAAACAUACGACGGUAAGCGUUUGUGACUUGAACCUGGGAUCGCUUUGCGCAUCUGAGGAGAAGCUGAAAAGCGAACCGUUCAUCUGUUUGUUAUGGGCUUCUUCUCUCCAGCUCACUCAAGGACAGCAACUGAACUGCAAACUGUAAAACAAGGCAAACGACAAUCUCGAAAAAGGUGUAACUAGUUGACAGUUUUGUUCUCGUGCUCUGUGUUGUGUGUGUACGGUACAGCGCGUCAGGAGGAGUGAGGGGUAUUUUAGCCAUAAUCAGAGCAUCUCUCACUCUCAAACGCGACUUCUGUUGCUCACUGUCAAAACCUUUUUAUCCUGUUUUUAUUCUGGUUAUCUUGAUUAUUUUGUAUUUUUUUUGUAUCGCAAGUGGUCUUUAAAGGAAAUGUUUUGUAACAACUCGCAUUUGAAAUUGGUACUGUAUGCCUAUACAUUCCAAACAAGGAUGUCAACAUGCCAGGCAGACAGCCAAACCAAGGUCACAUCGGAUUGCAGAUACACCAAGAGCGACCUGCUUGAGUACUCUCACAAUCUGCAUCCGUGCAUUAGAUAACAAAGGAUUUUAAGUUAUAGGUGUUAGCAACAGUAUUAUUCACACAUGUCAAGAGUCUCCUCCCAAGAACUUUAAUCUCAGUUCUGUAUUGGCUUAACGUUUUGUUUUGGGAUAUUGCGGACAGUAUCUGUUUUUCUCAUUUGCUGAGCUGUGCCUUUAAAAGGGCUUAACUGAAUUGAUUGUUAUGUAAAUGUUUAAGGAGUAGUUCACAUACAUAUGAAAAUUCUGUCAUCAUUUACUCGCCCUCUUGUCAUUUCAAACCUGUAUGCCUUUCUUCUGCAGAACACAAAAGAAGAUAUUUGUAAAAAUGUUAGUUACAGAACACCACAGCCCUCCAUUCACUUCUAUUGUAACCAAUGCAAGUGAAUAUAGCGGGCUGUUAACAACAUUCUUCAAAAUAUCUUCUUUUGUGUUCUGCGGAACAAAAAAUGUCAUACAGGUUUGAAAUGACCAGAGAGUAAAUGAUGACAGAAUUUUGAAGUUGAACUACACUUUUAAUAGUGUACUAGAAACCCCUCACCUCUUGUAUUUCCUGUCAUAGUACCUCUGUUUUUUUGAUAGGUUAAACCGCUAUCUACUGUGAUCUUUCAUACGAGUAAACAGCCCAUCCGUCGUAUGUUAAAGACUCAUCCCCAGUCCCAUUCGAACCCUUUACUCAAUCACAUCACAUACACGGAAGGUCAGACGGGUUCUGGCUUUGCAUUCAGGUGUGACGCUGGUUAUGGUUGUUGCUUAACUUCACAAUUUAAAAAAGAUGUCCGGUGUCAGAUAUGAAGCUCUGAAAAAAUGACAACUUGACUUUUUAUUUUUCUACCACAGUGGUGUACAGCUGCAUUCAAAUCAAUGUGGUUCCUUGUUUGAGUUUUUUUGCAUUUGUUGGUGCUUUGGAUGUUCUCCAAUUUCAUUUUCUUCUGAUUUCUCCUACUGUAUACAGAGCUGAGGAUGUCGGCUCUGGUUUUGAUAUGUAUCUAAUACCAAUGUGAAACUGUCUCUUUCCUUCUCAUUUUGGACUCAGUGGAAGUGUGAUGUUUACAUGUACAGAUUUUUGAGAUUUUCUUUCUUUUUGUUUGUUUGCUUUGUUUACUUCAAAUGCUUUCCCUUUUUCAGACAUUACUUGAUUUCAUCCGAUUCCUUUAUAAGUAAGGGAAAUGGGACUUGCAGCGUCAAGUUCAGACAGGAUAUCUGUCUAGGAAAUCCCAUUAAAUCAAUCCCUUCAGGCGAACCUUAUUCUUUUUCUCAAACUGCUGUCAACACAAAAGGAAGAUUUUUCCUCCGUCCAUUAAGGAGAACGUGGCCAUUCGUUGGUUAAUGAUUAAAAGCCAUUAUCACACCCUUUAACGGGGGCAGACAUCAAGUAUUAGAGUACAAGAACAGCAGAGUAUAAUCCUCAGGUAAAUGAUUACUGUUUUAUAGUUGAGAAAGUCGUCUUAUUGGCAACCCCAUUUCCCUAUUUAAUAACCAUAAUAUAUAUCAAACUAAUUUUUUUUAUAUUUAUUGUGUUAUAUAUAUAUAUAUCAGUGAAUACUUUUUUCAGUACAUGUGGCUAAAUAUUUUAAUUCUUUAGAAAUGUUGAUAAAAACAUAUGUGAAGAUACGAAGGGACUGAAUGAAAAAAAAUCAGUUUUGUUGUUAACUGCAAAACAGCAUGGGUGGCUCCUAACAUAUCACUUUCAUUAAUGAAAACCAAUGAUUUGAGAUUAAGCUUUCUCCAGUGGGACGUCACUGCUAAGAUGUCACAGAAUAUGACAUUGUGACCUUUUUUCCUCCCAAGCUGUACAUCACAAAGCUAAAUAUACUAAUAAAACAGUGUGCUAUAUAUC